AUGAGAUAUAUGCUGAAGAAGUGGCCGACAGAUCUUUUGGCCAUCUUCGAGACUCAUGCUGGUGCAGAGAAAGCACGGCGUAUCUGUGAAGGAUUAGGAUUCGAAGAUUCUUUCAGAGUGGACGCGGUGGGGCAAAGCGGUGGCAUUUGGUUGUUGUGGAAGAAGGCCAUCGGUGAUGUUGUGGUUCUAAACUUGUCGGAGCAGUUCAUUCAUGUGCGAGUAACGAAGAAUGCUGAGGUGAUGCACGUCGUAGUGGUGUAUGCAGCGCCGUCAGUAAGUCGUCGUUCCGGUCUGUGGAUGCAACUACGGGACUUAAUUCGUCAGGUACAUGAGCCACUGAUUAUAGGAGGGGAUUUCAAUACAAUUGUCAGGGUUGAUGAGAGAACUGGUGGUAAUGGGAGACUGUCACCAGACUCGCUGGAGUUUGGAAGUUGGAUCAAUGAGAUGUCGCUCAUUGAUAUGGGUUUUCGGGGAAAUCGAUUUACGUGGAAAAGAGGGAGGGAAGCAAGAUUCUUUGUGGCCAAAAGGUUAGAUCGGAUUAUGUGCUGUGCGCAAGCACGAUUGAAAUGGCAAGAUGCGACGGUAACGCAUUUGCCUUUUCUAGCAUCAGAUCACUCGGCUCUGUACCUGCAGCUGACACCGACGGUGACUGGAGAUGCUAGAAGACGACCAUUCAGAUUUGAAGCGGCCUGGUUAAGCCACACCAGCUUCAAGGACCUGCUCUCAGCGUCGUGGGAUCCGAAUCUUGACACGAGGAAAGCCUUAGCUAAGUUGGAGAGGGUUUUGCGGAAAUGGAAUAAAGAGGAUUUUGGGGAUGUUCAGGUCUGGAAGGAAAAGUUAUUGAAGGAAAUCCAGGAAGUCCAAGAGGAGCUGGAGAGCAAUAGUUCUGAUGAGUUGAUUGUUAGAGAAGCGGAGUUGAUGAAGGAAUUUGAUGUGGUACUUGAGCAAGAGGAGAUUAUUUGGACGCAGAAGGCCAGAGAGAAAUGGGUAGUACAUGGGGAUCGAAACACUACCUUCUUCCACACGUCGACUGUCAUCCGGAGACGGAGGAACCGUAUAGAGAUGCUAAAAAAUGGGGACGGAGUCUGUGUCUCUGACAGGAAUGAACUUGAGGAUAUGGCGGUUGAGUAUUUCCGGAGAUUAUACUCCCUGGAUGAUGUUGAAGAAAACGUGGAAGCAUUACCAUCAGAGGGGUUUACGGCUUUGACGGAGACUGAGACCAGAGCAUUAGACAUGCCUUUUGCAGAAGAGGAGAUAGUAGCAGCUGUUAGAAACAUGGGGAGUUAUAAGGCACCUGGACCGGACGGUUAUCAACCAGUGUUUUAUCAGCGAUGCUGGGAUGAGGUUGGAGAAUCAGUCAAGCGUUUUGCCCUGGAAUUCUUCCGGACAGGGAGGCUACCACAAGAUACUAAUGAUGCGCUAGUAGUUCUCAUCCCGAAGGUAUCAAGUCCGGAGAAGUUGCAACAGCUACGCCCUAUCAGCCUGUGUAACGUUUUGUUCAAGAUCAUAACAAAGACUAUAGUUGGCAGAUUGAAACCGGUGAUGACGAAGCUGAUCGGGCCUGCUCAAUCAAGUUUCAUCCGCGGACGAUUGAGCACAGAUAAUAUUGUCAUUGUUCAGGAGGCAGUGCAUUCUAUGCGACGGAAAAAAGGGAAGAGAGGUUGGAUGCUUCGCAAACUGGAUUUGGAGAAAGCUUAUGACCGGAUAAGAUGGGACUUUCUCGAGGAUUCUAUUAGAGCAGCAAGGCUAUCUGAGCAUUGGACCACUUGGAUUAUGCAGUGUGUGUCUGGACCAUCCAUGCGACUGCUUUGA